GUUGACACCCCACACAAAUAAAACAAGACAACUUACGACAUGGCUUCCCUCUCCUACGUCCUCACGGUGGCCGUCCUGGCGGCGCUGGUCACCGGCGGCGCGUGCAUCGGCAAGGUGCCGCCGGGCGCCAACAUCACGACCAAAUACGACACCAAGUGGCUCCCCGCCAAGGCCACCUGGUACGGCAAGCCCACAGGCGCAGGACCCAAAGACAACGGCGGCGCAUGCGGUAUCAAGGACGUGAACCUGGCUCCCUACCUUGGCAUGACGGCCUGCGGCAACGUCCCCAUCUUCAAGGACGGCAAGGGAUGCGGCUCUUGCUACGAGGUCAAGUGUAAGAAGCCAGAGCCGUGCUCCGACAAGCCGAUCACGGUCUUCAUCACGGACAAGAACUACGAGCCCAUCGCGCCCUACCACUUCGACCUCUCCGGCCAUGCCUUCGGCCUCAUGGCGUUGCCCGGGAAGGACCAGGCGCUCCGCUCUGUCGGGGAGCUCGAGCUGGAGUUCAGGAGGGUGCGCUGCAAGUACCCGCCCGGCACCAAGAUCACUUUCCACGUCGAGAAGGGCUCCAACCCCAACUACCUCGCCGUGCUCGUCAAGUUCGUCUCCGAUGACGGCGACAUUGUCCAGGUGGACAUCCAGGACAAGCAGUCGCCGGCAUGGAAACCCAUGACAGAGUCCUGGGGCGCCGUCUGGAGGUGGGACGGAGUGCAGCCGCUCAAGGGCCCCAUCUCCCUCCGCCUCACCAGCGAGUCCGGCAAGAAGCUCACCGCCACUGACGUCAUCCCGGCAACCUGGAAGGCCGACACCGUCUACCCGUCAAAAGUCCAGUUCUAGAACCUGCAACCCAAUCCCUCAGAUUCUGUUUUACUUUUACCCCUAUUCCUCUUACUACUAUUUACUCCCCUCCGUCACCAAUUAUAAGAUGUUUUGGCAGUUCAUUUUGAACUCCUAAAACGCCUUAUAUUAUUUCUUAACAGUUCGAAUCCAUAUCACCAUUUUGGCGGUGUAUAUUUACCGGCCAAAUAAAACUGAUUGAUGUACAUGGCUCCAUGCCGUGCUUUUGUUUUUAAUUUUAAGAAUGGUGUUUUGUAUUUCAUAUGAUCCUUUGGUUUGUUCCAAUUUAUUAACAGAGAUUGUUCAUUUUAUUC